GAGACCGGCCUCCGACACGCGCCCUGUCAGCUGCGUGGGACGGGUGCCGUUCGCAGUCUGUUGGGGUGCGUGGGCCGGGUGCCGUUCGCAGUCUGUUGGGGUGCGUGGGCCGGGUGCCGUUCGCAGUCCGUUUAGGUGCGUGGGCCACGUGCCGUCCGCAGUCCGCUCGGGUGCGUGGGCCGGGUGCCGCCGGCCGCGGUCCUCGGCUCCCGCCGGCCGGGCGCUGCUCGCCGCCGCGCCGCCGCGGCCGGCGGCAGUGUGGCCGCUGACUCGGUGCGGGGAGGUGGUGUCGGGCGGGCGUUGCGGACUGGUCGGAGCGCCGCUGACGGAGGCGGGCGGCGCUGUUGACUGACGACUGAGGGCCCGGCAGCACAACCGCAGCGAUGCGCAGCUGGCUGCUGGUGGCCGUCGUGCUGGUGACCCUGUUCGUCUGCCUUGAGGCCGGCCAGAGGCCGCGCCGCGGCCGCUACUCGCGCCUCCACAGGAAGGCGCACACAAUCGCCGGCCAGGUCAAACGCUAUCAGCUCAAACAGCGCCGCAGGGGAGAGGCAGCCAACAACGAGGUGUCUGCGGUCGCCAAGGCCGGCUCCCGUGCCAAAGGAAAGUCGUCGCAGAAGCGCUACCGAACAAAGUCCAAACAGCUUCAGAACAGCACUGGCAAGGCGGGGAGACCCCAGCGGAACAACAAGCAGCGCAAUAGGUCCGGCAGGAGACGACCGGCCACCACCAAAGACGUCUGUUUAUUUAGGGCUCUCCGGCGCUGCGGCAAGAGGGUGCUGAAAAGGCUCCGAUCUUCCCCCGAUUUCGAGAUUAUAUGUCGAACAAAAGAGCGUUUCAUCGACUGUAUGUCGAUGAGCCAGCGGCGCGGCUGUAAGGCGCGGAAGCGGCGGCGGCGGCGCCGCGGCCCGUCGCGCCGGCUCAUCAAGCAGUAUCAGCGCCGUCUGCAGAAGGCGCUCACCAAGGCGCGCGGCUGCGUCAUCGGCGUCGACCUGUCGGCGGCCGCCCCGCUGACCGACCGCUGACCGGCCGCAGCUGGUGGCAGCUGGUUGCCGCUGUCUGCUGACCGCUGACGGUAUCACCGACUGGCUGCUGACUGUCGGUGUAUGUGUGCGGUCCUCCGCCGGCCGUGGUCCGUGGUCCGCCGCUGACUCACCGGCCGGUCCUCUCACAGACUGUCGCCGCCCGGUGUUAAUGUGUGACGUCGCCAGAUGACGUCCCGGCGGCGACCACACGCCCCCGGGACCUGACCGCCACGUGCGCCCCUCAUUCACUUCACAGUGGUUUAUUGUCAUACCUUCGUCAGAUGUCGCUUGAAGCUGGGUCGAAUACUGUGUAUUUGUGUGCAUUGAUGUCCGCUAAUAGACUGUGUCGUUAUCGCUAAUAGACUGUUAUCGCUGAUGAACAAUCUAGCCACCUACCAUGCAGUAACGAUGUAAACAAAGCUGCUCGCCUGGUUUCAUGUGUCACAGCUAAGAAAGGAACAGGCCGUGCGCUUAAAUGAGAUCGGAUACUAUCUUAAUUAGACGUCGCGAGAAUUUCUCCCAGUGUCCCCCAGAGCGUACGUGUUGCCGUAAACAACCCCAGCACGGCACAGCAGGCGUCCGCCAUAGGCUCCCAGCAUCAUCACUCAACUGGGGAGUGGCGUCAUAUCGAACGUUCAAUAAAGGAUACUCGUGUCGUAGAA